AUGACAUCACAAGUACAAGCGAGCACAGAAGCCUUUAAUGAAGAUGUAAACCUUAUUUUAACAAAUCACGAAACAGAGAAAAAACAGCAAGGAGGAGGAAAUACAAGCAGAGGAAGAGGAAAAGGUACAAGAGGCAGAGGAAGAGGUAGAAAGUCAUCAGAUAGACAAACACGGAGCAUAACAAAAGGUCAAAUUAGAAAUCCAAAAGAUGGAACAACAGACAAAGAAAACAAUGAUCAAGAUGAAAGAAAUGGAAGUGAAAAAGAAGAGGAGUUAACGUCAAUUGGAGAAGGAAGCGAGCAAGACGAUGAGGCAAAUGAAGAUGUAGAAGAGGGAACAAACAAGGAGAAAGGAGUUGAUAGAGAAGAAGACAACAUUUCACUAGAAAAUGAAGCAGAAUUCGUAAUCGAAAACGCGCACAUCGAGAGAGAAAGUGAUAGAUAUGUGGCGGAAUUAGAGAGACUAUUCAAAAAAGGCAAGAUGGCUAGAUUCCAAAUGCUAGAGAUCGCAUACGAAAAAUGGUGCGAGAAGGCAGGAGUAGAACCAAAGAGUGUAGUGAUGUUAGGCUGUUCGAGCGACAAAGAAGAGGUGGAAGUAAAUCAAUCAAAAAGAAAAGGCAAGACGCAAGUAGCGGAAAAACCAGCAAAAAUUGGGAAGACGAUGAAUCAUGGAACAGUCUUAACUCACCAAUUGAUUGACCUAUCUCCAUAUUGGGACAGCAGAAUGCAAGCUUGUUUUGGCUAUGUACCGCUAACGAUUUUCGUGCAAGCUUGGUUAUUAGCGGACAAGACACAUAUGUCGAAUAGAAAGAAACAGUCCACAUCUUGUUCUGAUAUAGUCGCUUAUGUAGGCCUGAGGGUCCCGAACAAAUGGAGGCAAAGCUUCCUAAUGUGGUCUACAUCCUUCAAUCUGUACGUUCAAUAUUGGAGAGUGAAAUAUGGAAGAGAAGAUAUAGCAGCUAGAUUAGAAGAACAUUACAAAGUAGGAUGGGACCUAGUCGCUAACGGUGAUGAGCAGAUAACAGCGGUGUCAGGAGGUAGAAUGUUGUCACAUCUAGCCUCAGCGGGAGGAAGUCACGCGAAUCACGUAAAUACAUCACACGGCCAACACGCCUAUCAUGGAGGAAACUACAACUCACACCUAGAUCAUCAUGAACAUGGGAAUGGAAACAUCAGCAGAGGUAGAGGAAAGAGAGGAAGAAGUUUUGGAAGAGGCGUAGGAAAUAGAGGAGGAAACUCGAGACAAACAACUCACACUACGCCUACAACGUUGGUGAAUGGAGUGGCUGUACCAAAGUUUGGUCCAGGAGCUUUCGAAGCGAUAAAAGCAGCGAAGCAAAGCAGUGCAAGCAGUAGUGGAGCGGUGACACAGUGA